ACAUUAUAGUGAUACCAAUCACCAAACUCAUCAAAGCUUUCACUACCAUUUUCCUUUGACUUAAAGGGACAACAAAGCUCAAAACCAUACAAACAAAUACACACACUAAUCUAAAUUGAGUUUCCAAGUACCAAUCACAUACCCUCCUGUCCUUACUUUAUAUAUAUUUAUAUAAAUUUUCAAAUAAAGUUGUCACCUUUUUAUGUCUCUCUCUCUGUCUCUUUCUCUCUCUAUUUAUAUACCAUGAUACCCAGAUUCUGAUUUAGCAAGUUUUCAUAUCAAAAACUUCAAUUUUGAGGAGAAAGAAAAGUAAGGUAAAGUAUGGGAUCAGUUGAAAGAUCAAAAAAGAGGGUCCAUGUAUGGAAAAGAGCCAUAGUUCAUUUUUGUUUAUGUUUUGUCAUGGGGUUCUUCACUGGCUUUUUCCCAACCGGUAAGUCUUCAAUUUUCUCAUACGACAAUUUCAACUAUGUCGUUUCUUCAUCAUUAAGUAAUAAGCAACAGUUCUCACCUCAGCCUAUUGAAACAAUCUCUAAUCAACCAGAAACGACAAGUCGUUUCAACACAACUACUAGUUCUACUACUAGUAAUGUUAAUGUUUCAGAAGAAACAAUUGUUCCUAUGCCUCAAAAUCAUCCCCAAAGAAUGAAAUUAUCAGAACAAAAAGAACAAGGACGAGAAGAAGUAGAAGUUGAAGAAGAAAAACGACAAAUACCACCACCAAGAAAGCUAGUGAUAAUAGUGACACCAACAAGCACAAACGACAACAAGUUUCAAGGGGUGCUUUUGAGAAGGAUGGCUAACACUCUGCGCUUGGCUAAACCACCGUUGCUUUGGAUUGUCGUUGAGGGACAAAGUGAGUCAAACGACAUGUCGCAGAUACUAAGGAAGACAGGUAUUAUGUAUAGACAUUUGGUGUUCAAAGAGAAUUUCACUGAUAUUGAAGCUGAGCUCGAUCAUCAAAGGAAUGUUGCUCUCAAACACAUUGAACAUCAUAAGCUUAGUGGGAUUGUUCACUUUGCUUCCCUUUCCAAUGUUUAUGAUCUCGACUUCUUCAAUGAGCUUCGAAAAAUUGAGGGUUUUGGGACAUGGCCAAUAGCAGUAGUGGGAGCAAACAGGCAGAGAGUGAUCAUAGAAGGACCUGUAUGUGAUUCUUCACAAGUCAUAGGUUGGCAUCUAAGAAAAAUGAACAAUGAAACUGAUGAUAUUGACUCCAAACCUCCAAUUCCCACUUCAAGUUUUGGCUUCAAUAGCUCUAUCCUUUGGGACCCCGAAAGAUGGGGUCGGACUUCCCCUAUUCAAACCACCUCUCAGGAUUCAAUCAAAUUUGUGAAGCAAGUGGUUCUUGAAGAUGAAACUGAAAUAAAAGGUAUCCCACCAGAUGGGUGCUCUAAGAUCAUGCUUUGGCGUCUUAAUUUUCCAAUUCAAUCAACACCAAACAAUGCUAUUCCACCUCUAACUACUGCAAUUGAUAAUAGUCAAAGAUAAAAAAAAAAUUAAAAAAAUAUUGAGAUAAUCAAGAGUAGUUGUUACAAUGUCAAAUUUGCAGAAAAAUAUACAUACCCUUUUGAGGAGGAUAUGGUUUUCUUUCUCUUAUACUUUUUUUUUUUCUCUCUUUUGUAAUUUUAUUGAUUCACAUUGUUCUUUAUAUAAUUCAAGUUUUGUAAUGGCUUGUAACGCAAUGAUUGUUCAAAGUUGUAGCAUAAAAUAAUGAGGAAUUCAUCUUUAUCACCA